AGGACUGACGGGACAGCAGAUUUACUGACAAUGAUAGGACAGCUACCGCAUCGGAGAUACAUUACUUCCACGACCUCGUAUAAAAAGUGAAAUAACAGUGAUUUAUUCUACUUUAUCUCUUCAUUAUCAAGCUUUGUCAUUCCUCACAUUCGAUGAGGUGGAACUGAUAAGCAUGCAGCCGAGGGACAGGACAUUGUAAAUAGCAACAGUGCGCUCAGGACAGGAGGUUCAAAAGAUUGAGGACCGAAACAAUCUGAACAACAAAACCAACAGUCAUGGCUGCAGAGAAUAACUUCCCUCCAAUACCGGGGUUCAUCCCCCUGCAGCCGUGUUUCUACCAGGACUUUGACGAGGAGAUCCCUGAACAGCAUCGCACCAUGUGCAAGAGACUCUACCACCUGUGGAUCUUGCAUGCAAUCACCCUGGCUGUGAAUCUGGUGGGCUGCUUUGUGUGGAUGCUGGGUGGAGGGGGCGUGACAAAUUUUGGCAUGGCCAUCAUAUGGUUGAUUCUCUUCACCCCCUGCUCCUAUGUGUGUUGGUUCAGGCCCAUCUACAAGGCCUUCAAGACUGACAGCUCGUUCAACUUCAUGGCAUUCUUCUUUGUGUUCAUGGCCCAGGUGGGCAUCAGUAUUAUCCAGUGCAUAGGGAUCCCAGGCUGGGGAAACUGCGGCUGGCUGGCCACCAUCUCUUUCUUCAGCUACAACCUUUGGAUCGCCUUGCUGAUGCUCAUCCCCACCCUCUUUUUCACUGCCACGGCAACGCUGUCCUUCAUCGCCCUCACCAAGGUCCAUAACUUCUACCGUGGCAGCGGGGGAAGCAUAGGCAAGGCUCAGGAGGAGUGGACUACAGGGGCCUGGAAGAACCCCCACGUCCAGCAGGCAGCGCAGCAGGCAGCUAUGGGAGCCGCCACGGGGGCCAUGAUGCCGGAUCAGCAGUACUCCAGCAACACCCCACAGUACAAUGACAACCAGAUGUAGGGGAUAAAGUGGAGGGAGGGAAGCAUGUCAAAGCAUGAGCAGGAGUUUGUUAUCUGUUUAUCCCCCCCCAAAAUGUGUCUUCAUCACAGCAGCUCUUUCAAUAGGCAAUGGGUCUUCAACCCUUUCUUUGCCCAGGGUCCCUCUCCCAGGCAAACCGGCAACCCAGCAAUCAUACCCUAGCCAUUAUUUUCUUCUCACAUGUCUUGACUUAGCAUCAAGUGAAUGAUAUGUUUGCAAAAAUGUAUGUCCAAGUCAAGAAAGUUUACCAGCAGCCAGCGGCACUUGACGCACUGGUAGCCUACAGUAUGCCAGAUACUUCAGUGUCAGCUGGUAAUUGGCUCCAGUGAGUGUAAUUGGCUCAAUAUUUGGAGUUAAGAAAUAAUGUCGACAUCAUUAGAAAGAAGACAUUCUCCUAUUUCUACUGUAAUCAUUUAUUCUGUUGUUGCUAGCGAUAUAACCCUGCUAUAGGGCACUACACUACACUAUCACACCAUACCAGCUGACUCUGUACACCCAUAACGUAUAGACAUUUCAUGUUCCCAGCAACAACACCGAAUUACAGGAUCUGGUUUCUACUGUGUGAUGUCAUAUUCCUGCUUCUGCUGCUUUGUUUUGACGUGUCACAUCAAAGACGUGUCCCUAUCUUAUGUCACUGUGUUAGCAGGGCCCUGUGGCCACAUGCACACAGCACCAACUCUGCUUGUCAGAGCUUAUUCUGAUCACCCACUAUCCUCUCCUCAAUGCUCUUCGGGAGGGGGGUGGUGGUUUUUGGUAGCCUCCUCCUGCUCAUGACUUGUAAAGUCCUGCUCCUGAUACAGUAUUUCAAUUAUACAUGUGUUUGUUUUAUACACUAAGUUACUGGACUCUAGGUUUUGUCGUGAAUAAAUGUCAUCUUACAUGGAGAGCCAUGUAAGACUGUGUUUGAGUGCAUUACCUUUUUUUUUUAUCUACAGAAAUUUCAAAGCGUAUAAAAUAUUUUUAUCACAGAAAGUAGCACAGAGAUAUUUUACCAGGGGUGUUUAUGUACAGUAGGAGAUAGCUUAUUUGAGGUAUAAAUAUGUAUUUUAAGAAUGUAUUCUACGUCAAGUGAAUGCCAGCUGAUUGAACAAAAAGGGCUCUCCUCUAAGCCAUCAGGGUGCUUUGUGAUUCUCAGGUAAAGCAGAGCUACAAACACUGGACACAAACUGUGAACCUUUCCCCUUUAUGUCCAUGUGUAUGUUUUUGAUAGCUUAUAUAAUAUGCAUUUCAAAUGAAACCAUAAUCCUUUUGCCUCGGGGAUAUUUGUUUUAUUUGAUUCAUUCUGUAACUUGAAAAAUGUAUUACUGUGAGCUAAAGAAGGCCAGUAUGUACUGUAGUUACAUGACAUGGAGAUGUGUAGAAGUAUGCUCUUUUCUCUUAUUUAUCAAUGUUAUUUUAACCCUUUAAACUUGAUAUUAGAGCAGCACUCAACUACUGAGUGUGUGAACAUCCUCGAAAUGUCAGUAUCCCACGUUUUACUGCAGACAUCUGCAUUUCAAUACCGUUGAAAGUAGCAAUAACUCCUGUUUUGAUAACCUUCGUAGUAUGCGCUACCUUUGAUUUAACACUGAGGAGGUAGCGAGAUUUGGAAGUCCACUUCCUUUGAGUUUGACCCGGGCGUCGGUGUUGAUGUCCCUGGGGCUCACUGUGUACGUUGAUAUCUUUUUAUCAGGCUAGCUCAGAGGCUGUUUUGAAGAGACUCAAAUGUAGAGCUAACUGUGUGCUCCCAGCUCCCAGGCCUCAGCUGAAUGAUUACAGGCCAGUCGCAUUGUCAUUAUCCACAGUCAUGGAAAUGGGACUUUCUUCUUAUAGUCUGAGAAGUAUACCAAAACAUAGAACUAUUUUUAGGGGACUACUGUACAUUAUGUCUUUAGAGCAAGGAUUUACAAGCCUGUUCCUGGAGAGCGCUACCGUCCUGUAGGUUUUCGCUUCGGUCCUAAUCUAGCGCACCUGAUUCUAAUAAUUAGCUGGUUAAUCAUCUGAAUCAGGUAAAUUACAACUGCGGUUGGAAGGGAAACCUACUGUAGGGUAUCUACAGGAACAGGGUUGGUAGAGCCCUGCUUUAGAUAGACGUGACAUCUAAUGUAAAUUAAUCAAUCUGAGCUAUAAAUUAAUUGCUAGGAUUUCACUUUUGUUUCUCGUUAUGUACUUGUUUUGCAUUGAAUGUCUACAUGUCUUAGAGUGUGCUCUUUUUAAAACGUGUUCUUAAAUGUCUUGUCUGUGGUUGACAAUGUUAGACAGCAAUAUUGUACUGUAUGUCUUGUUGUAUGGUUGUUUGACCACAGAGGGGCGCCAAUGAUUCCUUUUAUUUGUAUGAGAGAAAGUCCCUGAUUUUCAAGCUGCCUGCGCUCAAUCGUCUGUCUAUUCAUACAGGAGACUUUAGGUCUAUAGCUUAGUCAGUAUUCAGUCAACAGCUCAAUGGUUCCUGCUCUUCCCAGGUAGUAGCUACAUGUGACCAGGAAGGAAGGGAGAGAUAGAGCCUUACAUUUAAGUGGGCUCCAGUAAGCCUCAGCCUGGCUCAUACUGCCCUCCUGCCACCUCUCUCUCUCACAGGGGCAGAUGGCUGAGCAGGCGGUCCCUGUGAACACAUUACAGUGUGCUCUAUGCUGUAGGGGAAAGAGAGACAUUUAUGGAGCAAUAUGGGUGCCACUUUCUCUGGGGUAGUAGGGGUUUGAAAAUGACCUACGUGGGCUCGUGUUGAGAGAGAGAGAGAGCAGUGGAAAAACAGUGUUCCCCAGGUGUUCAUUAGUUCAUGUUCUAGCUAGAUCACUAACCUGGCCUAAUCUAUAUAUACAAUGGCCUCUUAACCCCUCAAGUAGCUGUAUUCAACAUUAUUACAGUAUGCACAUUACUUUGGAGAAAUCCAGCAAACCUAUACUUAUUUUCUCUCCUACAUCUAAAAGGAAUCAGCUAUGUACUCAGUGUAGGAACUGUGGUGUAAACUAUGCAGAUAACCCUUGACUGUGGAAGGGAUGUGUUUGCAAGUACAGUUGUUUGGGCUUCGGGUUAGCCUGCGACUGAUGUGAAGAUAGGUAGAGCCCUGUUAGCUUAAACUGUGAUAUAAUCAGCAUUCAAUUAGCUCCCUCUCUGCAGUAAUCAAGCAGAAGCAGUGACCAAAGUGUUCCCCUGGUACACAUUCAUGUGCAACCACCACAGCUCACACAGUACCAGCAGAUGCUGUUGCUUCUCUGUCAUGUCCAUGUCAUUAAAUGUGUGGGAGAUCAUUGAACCAGUGGUCAUCUCGGAGAGGCAACUGGACAGUAUUCUGAAGCACAGUUAGAAGGGGACUUUUAUUCUAAAGUGUAAAUGUUUUAGACUUAAUUGUUACGUACAUUUAAAAAAUACAAUUUGUCUUGUCAUUUUAUGUUUUGAUUUCCCUUACGGACAUUAAAAAAACUCUAUUCCAUUUUA